AUGGCGACGAUACGUAAGCUCCAGGCUGAAAUCGACAAGACCUUUCGUAAGGUGGACGAGCAGCAGGAGGUGUUUCAGCAAAUUUUCGAUCGGUUGAAGGAGUGCGAUUCGAGUUUGAAGGAGAAAUACGAGGCGGACUUGAAGAAAGAGCUGAAAAAACUGCAAAAAUUCCGGGACCAGAUCAAAAACUGGUCCGCGGAUACCGCGAUUAAAGACAAGACGUCUUUGAACGAAUACAAGCGGAAAAUUGAAAUCGACAUGGAGAGGUUUAAAAUGGUCGAAAGGCAAUCGAAGACGAAAGCGUUUAGUAAACACGGAUUGGAGAAGAUGGAAAACGAAACUCCGGAACAAAAGAGGAGAAGAGAGACGAAGGAGUGGUUGUCCACGGUGGUGGAGGAGUUGUCGAAUCAGUCGGACGCGUUCGAGGCGGAGAUUGAGGUGUUGCAGUUGGAAGCCGCGAAACCGAGUAAAAGGAAAGGGAAGAAUACGAACAACGGGAACGAAGAGAAAGUGAACAGAUUGGAAGAGUCGGUGCAAAGACACAAGGCGCACACGCUGAAUUUGGAAAUCAUGAUGCGAUUGGUGGAGAACGAGACGUUGCCGGCGGAAGAGGCGGACGACGUGCGGGAUUUGAUAGAAGAUUAUUUGGAGAGGAAUCAAGAAGAUUUCGACGAGUUUGACGUCGUGGACGAUAUGUACGAGAGUUUAAAUUUGGAAGAGUUGGCGACGAAAGAAAGCGUGAAAGUGGUGACGAACGUGAAGCAGUUACACGAGGAGUCCGGACAAGACGCCUCGUCCGGAUCGCCGCAGCAGUUGCAAACAGCCUUGAGCGGAGGAUCGUCGAAGAUUGAACCGCCAAAGCCGAGAGUGGUACCGCCGGCGCCGGUGUUGAGUCCGAAAGCCGCGGCCGCGGCAGCUGCGCAACAGGAACAACAAAGCGUCAAUCAGUGGGGAUCUCGGUUUCCCGCGCCGAAAGGUUUGGACGCCGACGGCGUGGGGUCUGGGAACGGCGGGAAUAACGCCGCAGUCGGGAGCGGUUCCGCCGCCGCCGCCGGGAAACCCAUACCGAGACCGAAUAACAAUUCCAACGCGCCACCGGGACCGGGAGGUAUCAAAGACGGCAACGCCGCGCAACAAGCGUUUCCACCUGGACCGAGACCGUUAUCAUCCGACGCAAAUCAACAACAAUCCGUCGCGGAAGCCGCCAACGCGGCGUUUACUGCGAACGAGGUCUUCGACAACCCGAGUCAAGGCGCGCGAUCGUUGAAUGAAAUGUCCACGUCCAUGCGACGAGGAUUAUCUGGAAGCGGCAUGCAAUCCGGAUCCGGUAGCGCCCAAUCCAUAAACAACGCGAGCAAUAAUAGCAUCAACUCCACCUUGGCGCUACAACAACAACAGCAGCAACAACAACAGCAGCAGCAGCAACAACAACAACAACAGCAACAACAACAACAACGGCAGCAGCAGCAACAACAACAGCAGCAACAACAAAGAGGAGGAGGAGGGGCGAGCGCCGCCUCCACGGCUACCGUCGCGCACGGCGACCCGUCCUCGCGUCUCCGUCUCCUCGAAGCUUCUGCCUCCUCUAGACUUCUCCCGUCCGCCUCGGACGGCGUCUGGACCAGACGCGUUCGCCGCGCGCCCCAAGCGCCGAUUCCGCCUUCCUACCCGACCACUCUCCUCGACGGCAACGGGAACAAUUUAUACCCAGUUUUGGAAAACCCGGCUUUAUUCGAACGCUUAGACGCCGACGCGCUCUUCUUCUCCUUCUACCACCAACAAGGCACCCCUCAACAGUACUUAGCCGCUCGAGAGUUGAAACGCGCCAACUGGCGGUUCCACAAAAAAUACAGCGCCUGGUUCGCUCGACGAGAGGAACCGAAAGUCUCCAAUGAAGAAUUCGAGCAAGGCGCGUACGUCUACUUCGACCACGCCGUAAGCCGGGACGAAUACGGAAGCGUCCGAGGGUGGUGUCAGCGAAGCAAACCGGACUUUCUGUUCGAAUACUCGCAUCUGGAGAACGAGUUACAAUGA